CAAUUCACAAUUCACAAUUCCUAAUUCAUCAUUCAUAUUCAUUCAUCCAUCCUCAUCACUCCUCACUCUCUCCUCUCCUGUAAAUAUGAAUAAUAAUAAUAAUAAUAAUAAUAUGGCAUAGCCACACCCUCAGCCACAAACAAAACGACAUUACUGCGAUCACAAGAACCUCUUUUCUUCCUUCCAUCAUCACUGCUACACUCACAGAUCACUCUCUCUCUCUCUCUCUCUCUCUCUCUCUCUAGCUCCCUCUCUCUCUGCUCUCUUCACAAGAAGAUCUCAACUAUCAUUUCUGUGUAGGGAACUGAUCCUUGGCUACACAAAGUUGAGGGAAAGAAGAAGACCUGCUUCUAUUCCUGUCUGCCUGUGCCUGUCUAUAUAUACACAUGAUCUGCUCCUGAUGUGGUUUCUGUGUUGUUCUUUUGGAUCCCAACAAACAAAUUAAAGGCAGUAGCAGUAGUACUGCUAAUGGCAGGAGAAACGAGUCCAUCAACACCAACCACCACAUUUUUAGUUUCAUAAUGCCAAUGGUAAGCAGGAGAAAAUGUCGUCUGAGAAUAAUAAUAUUAAUAACAAUAUCAUGAGGAUGGAAGAACCAGAAAGUGAUGGUGAAUUAUUGUUAAUGGCUACUGCCAAUGAAGAAUCGAUUAUGAGCACCAGCAAUUUUAGUACGUCUAUUUCAGAUCAAGCAGAUAAAGAAAAAGAACAGGGUUGUAAAGGGGAAGAUUCCUCUCUGGUUAAUCCAUCCUCCAUUGAUGAUGAUGAAGGAAGAAGAAGAUCCUCAGCAGCUACUUCAAAAGAUCAUACCGGGAAGAAGAAGGCUAAGGUCGAUUGGACGCCGGAGCUACACCGGAAAUUCGUCGAAGCAGUCGAGCAUAUCGGAUUGGAUAAAGCCGUGCCGUCGAAGAUCUUGGAACUUAUGGGAACCGAUUGUCUCACUCGCCAUAAUGUUGCGAGCCAUCUUCAAAAAUAUCGAACGCAUCACAAGAAUUUGCUAGCUCAAGAAGCUGAGGUCGCGAGCCUGAGGCAGAGACGGCGAGUUUAUGGAACUUCAGCUAGCGCGGCGCCUAACGGAAAUUCGAAUUCUUGGGGUGUUCCGACAACCGGAUUCCCUCCCGUCAAACCGACGCCGCAUUUUCCGGCACUCCCUGUUUGGGGUUAUCCGUCUUCCGGCCAAUCGUGGAGGUACAUGUGGCCGGAUCAUCGAGCUUAUCCGACGCAACCUCCGGUUUGGGCGCCGGCGCCGGGUUCUUGGUAUUGCCACCACCAAAAUGUGAUCGCAUCAGGGAUGCCGUGUUUCCCGCAAUGCGCGUCGCCGAUGUUCGCCAAUCCGGCCGUUUUGGGACUACAAUCUACGUCGACGGCAUACAGUGUGCACGCCGGAAUUGGUGUACCGGCGGGAAAGACACUUCCCCGGCCGCCACUCGAUUCAAUUCCGCAGUCGAACGAGAGCUUAGAUGCGGCCAUAGGAGAAGUUUUAUCGAAGCCGUGGUUGCCGCUGCCCCUCGGGCUGAAGCCUCCGUCCGUCGACGGUAUCUUCACGGAGCUGCAGCGUCAAGGUAUAUCUAAAAUACCUCCCAACUGUGCUCUGUAAUAUAUAUAUAUAUAUAUAUACACAUUCUUAUUUUCCCAGAAUUCUUCAGUUUAUUGAAAUUUUUUGUUAAUCUGCA